AUGGAUUCUGACGCAACUAGUAGAUUCGUUCCAGAAUACCGUCGUACAACUUUCAAGAAUAAAGGAAGAUUCCAAAGUGAUGAAUUAAGAAGAAGAAGAGAAACUCAUCAAGUUGAUUUAAGAAAACAAAAGAGAGAAGAAGUUUUAUCAAAAAGAAGAAAUUUUAAUACCGAAACUCCAGCAAAUGAUUCCGAAGAUGAAGAAGAUUACGGCUUACAAGGUAAUGAUGAUUCUCAAUUUUACAGCAGUUUAUUACAAGAUUUACCUAAGAUGGUUGAAUUAAUCAAGUCCCCUGAUGUUGAUGAUCAAAUUAAUGCCACUGUAAAAUUCCGUCAAAUUUUAUCAAGAGAACACAAUCCACCAAUUAAUGCUGUUAUUCAAUGUGGUGUUAUUCCAACUUUAGUGGAAUUCAUGAAUAGAAAUCAUACUGAUAUGUUGCAAUUAGAAGCUGCAUGGGCUUUAACAAACAUUGCUUCAGGUAGUUCUGAACAAACUAAAGUUGUUGUUGAAUCUGGAGCUGUUCCAUUAUUUGUUGAAUUAUUAAGUUCUCAAAGUGUAGAAGUUAAAGAGCAAGCCAUCUGGGCUUUGGGUAACGUUGCGGGUGAUUCUACUCAUUAUAGAGAUUAUGUCUUAGGAUGCGGUGCUAUGGAACCUGUUUUAAGUUUAUUCAAUUCCACAAAAAUGUCACUUGUUAGAACUGCUACUUGGACUUUAUCAAAUUUGUGUAGAGGUAGAAAUCCUCAACCGGAUUGGUCAAUUGUUUCAUUUGCAAUCCCAACUUUAUCCAAAUUAAUCUAUUCAACUGAUACCGAAACUUUAAUUGAUGCUUGUUGGGCAGUAUCUUACUUAAGUGAUGGUACUACCGAGGCUAUCCAAGCAGUAGUUGAUGCUAGAAUUCCUUUAAGAUUAGUUGAAUUAUUGGGCCACGAUUCUACUUUAGUCCAAACUCCUGCUUUAAGAUCUAUUGGUAACAUAGUUACUGGUAACGAUUUACAAACUCAAGUUGUUAUUAAUGCUGGUGCUUUACAAGCAUUAAGUCCUUUAUUGAAUUCUCCUAAAGAAACUAUAAGAAAGGAAGCCUGUUGGACUAUUUCAAACAUCACUGCUGGUAAUACUGAACAAAUUCAAGCAGUUAUUGAUGCCAACUUAAUACCACAAGUUUUAAGAUUAUUAACUAGUGGUGAUUAUAAAACUAAAAAGGAAGCUUGUUGGGCUAUUUCGAAUGCUUCUUCAGGUGCUUUGACUAAACCAGAACAAAUCAGAUACUUAGUAAGCCAAGGCUGUAUCAAGCCUUUAUGUGAUUUAUUGGCUGUGGCUGAUCCAAAAAUUAUUGAAGUUACCUUGGAUUCUUUAGAGAAUAUCUUAAAGAUGGGAGAAAUGGAUAAAGAAGCAAAAGGAGCUCAAAUUAACGAAUACGCUUUAUACAUCGAAGAAGCUGGUGGUAUGGAAAAGAUUUUCGAAUGUCAAAGUAACGAAAAUGAAAAAAUUUACGAAAAAGCUUUCAGCAUCAUCGAGAAAUAUUUCUCCGAUGACGAUGAACAAGUCGAUGAUAGUAUGUUGGCUCCUCAAAAUUAUGGUGAAGCUUUUGGUUUCGGUAUGAACGAAACUCAACAACAAAAUUUCAACUUUUAA